UGGAUUGCUCAUAACGUCAAAACAAAAGUAAACAAAUCAAAAUGUAAUCGUUAUCAAAUUUUAGAACCACUUAAAAAAAAACAAGCAAUGACACGAAAUAUACUGAAAAGCAGCCUCCAAAAUGCUUCAUUCAGCAUCAUUUUCCAAAUUCUUUUCAGGUGCAUCUCCUUCGUACUCAAUGCUUUCAUCAUUAGAACUGUAGGCCAAGAUGUUUUAGGGAUUAUGAACGUCAGGCUCCUUUUACUGGAGUCUACGAUACUGUUUUUAUCAAAGGAGCCCCUCUUAAAAGCUUGUCUUACCAAUGCUAAAGCGCACAAUUGGGCACAAGUUGUUAAUUUGAUAUGGCUUUCGGUUCCUUUAUCAAUGAUUCUCAGUUCAGUGCUGGCAUACAUUUGGAUAAACCUUUUAAGCCCUACUGAUGCAAUUUACUUGAGUCAGUACAAAUUGGGUUGCUAUGCAGUAGCUAUUUCGUGCCUAGUAGAACAAGCUACACAAAGUGUAAUUUUGGUUUCACAAAGUUAUUGUUUUGUUAAGCUUAAGAUAGUUUUUGAAACAAUUUAUAUUCUGGCAAGGACUUUUACUUUUGUCUAUUUAGUUGUUUACUAUCCUAGUGAGGCUAUCAAUGCAUUUUCAAUAGCCCAAGUGGUUUCAGCUGUAUUACUUUGCGUGUUGUACUAUGGGUUUUUUGCUUGGUACAUUCCAAAAUUGAACCAGGAAGGCCAAAAGGGGGCAUUGUUUGCAGACAUGGGGGAUUUUCCUUUUAGGAGUUUGCUGAAUUUUUUUCCAGGGUUUAUGUUUAACGAGGAUGAAAAAAUCAACAAAAACCUUCUACUAUUGACCAUCAGUUUCGUAAAACAAUCAAUAGUCAAGCAAAUUCUAACCGAAGGCGAAAAAUAUGUAAUGACAAUAUCCCCAGUAUUAACUUUUAGCCAGCAAUCAAUUUACGAUAUUGUUAAUAAUCUUGGAAGCCUUGCAGCAAGAUUUAUAUUUCGCCCAAUCGAAGAAUCAGCCUAUUUUUAUUUCACCCAAAUGAUUCACCGAGACCUGCCUUUGAAAAAGCAAAAAGAGCAAAAUAUUGCUGAAGCAUCUCAAGUGCUGAGCCAGCUUUGUAGAGUUGUAGUCAGCAUAGGGCUAGUUGUAGUUGUUUUUGGACAAUCUUACAGCUACACUUUGUUGUACUUGUACGGAGGGCAAAAAUUAGUUGCCAGCACUUUGCCUACAACUCUACUACAAUUUCAUUGUUUUGCAAUUGUAUUGUUGGCUGUGAACGGAGUUACUGAGGCCUAUGUUUUUGCUACAAUGAAUAAUAAACAAUUAGACAAAUAUAAUUAUUUAAUGGUAAUUUUUUCAAUAGGGUUUUUGUUGAUAUCCUAUGUUUUGACUAAUGUGCUAGGGCCUGUGGGAUUUAUUUUGGCCAAUUGCGUUAACAUGGUUGCCAGAAUUGGACAUAGUUUGUAUUUUAUUUGGGAAAAAUACCACAAUAGCAACUAUAGGCCUUUAGAAGGCUUAAUACCAACUUCUAGGUUUGUAAUCGUGCUUUUUUUAGCAGGGAUUUUCACCAAGUAUUCAGAGAUCUACCUACUACCAAAAUCCAUACUACUACACAUUGGUUUUGGUGCGAUAUUGUUCCUAUUGGUCUUGGCAACAUGGGCCUUGGACAACUCAAGCCUACUACGACUAGGAUAUGAAAAAUACAAACGCAGAAUUUCAAUAAAAUCAGAUUAA